UAGUCCAAGCCAGGCAGUGACGCCCAAGUUAUGGAACUACCUGAAUGGAUUAAACUUCUUUUAUUUUAUUUUUUUCCUAUUUUGUCGUCCGCAUUUUCCGCCGAGGACAUUAGAGGUGGGAUCUAUUGGCGGGUCGGGGGGCAAUAAUGAGAUCCCUCAAAGGAAAGAGUUUCAGUUAAUGGCAAAGCAGCGUGUAAUGGUGACACUGCCUCAGUCAGAUCCCCCAAACCUGGAACAGCAAUGCAGGAUCAGAGUAGGGAGAUAAAAGAAAAGUUAAAAGAACCAGAUCCCAAGGAGGAGGAACCCAUUUCAACUGUCCUGCAGGAGGAUGAGAGACUGAGUGCUGAGGUGCUGUCUACUUCUGAGGAAGGAGAGGGUCCUAAAAUGAAUGAAGAGGUUGUCCUCCAUGAUAUGGAUGGGGAUCAAAAUAAAAGAGACCAGAGCUCUUCUUUAGUUGACCAUCAAAAUGUACAACAAGAAGUUGUAGCUCUGUUAAAAUGCCUGAAUAUGGAUGGAAGCACACAAAAAACUAACUGUUCUGAACAGAAUAAAAGCCAAACUGAAAUAUUUGAUGAUUCUCUUGGGGAAACCCCUCAAGUUCCCAACACUGAAAGAAAGAAUCCGAGUGAACCUGCAUCUGCAGUGACUGAGUGCUGGGAUGACUUUACAUUUUCUGCUGGAGACUUAGCUGUUGAUCGGGAGAAGAACUCCAACUCCCAGUCACGUCUUAAAUCGGGCCAACAACUUGUUCAACAAACAGGCUGGCACUUUCCUGUAGGACCAGGUCUGACCCAAGAAGUGUUCUGCCCACAGUGGAGCUUCCCUGCUGCAAGUUAUUACACCUCUAUGGAGUCCAACUUCCCCUUUGAAGUGAUGUGGAGGGUGUGGGUGGAUUUGGAUGCUGCCUCUAAGGGUGGUCAGACCCCCACAAUCAAAAAAGCCUCAGUGGACUUCACUGUCAUGUCCUACAACAUCCUAUCCCAAGACCUUUUGGAGGAGAACCAACAGCUGUACGCACACUGCCCCCCAGAGGUGCUGCAGUGGAACUACCGCUGCAGCCUGCUUUUAAGUGAAAUAGAAAAAUGGGCGCCAGAUAUUUUGUGUCUGCAGGAGGUUCAGGAGAACCACUACCAUGAACAUCUGUACCCUGUUCUUUCUCAGAUGGGCUAUACCUGUGUGUACCAGCGUCGCACGGGGACAAAGACCGAUGGCUGUGCGGCGUGCUAUCGGAGCGCAGUCUUCACCGAAGCCGGCGUCUCCAAGCUGGAGUUCUUUAGGCCUGAGACCGGGCUGUUGGACCGGCACAACGUAGGCAUCGUUUUGCUCCUUCGGCCACUGGUCACCAGAGGAGCAGAGGUCAAGGAAGGUGGCCCACCCCUCUGCGUGGCCAACACACACCUGCUCUUCAACCCACGGCGAGGUGAUAUCAAGCUGGCCCAGUUAGCCAUAAUGCUGGCAGAAAUUAACGCCAUGAUCAAGUCCUGUAAGGUCAGACGUGAACACUGCAACGUCGUCUUCUGUGGAGACUUUAACUCCAUCCCAUACACGCCUCUGUACCAGCUGCUCACCACUGGCGAGCUCUACUACCAGGGUAUUCCCAAGUGGAUGGUUUCAGGCCAAGAGGAUCUGUCUUACAAGCCUAGUUAUCACAGACUGUUUGCUCCUCUGUGGCCCAGCUCUCUGGGAAUCUCAGACACCUGCCAGUACACUGAGAUCAAUACGUCCAAAACUAAUCGUCAGAAGUCGGGGACUCGCCAGUACAGCCAUGAAUUCAUGCUGCAGCUACGCUUCUGUCCAGCCGCAUGUGUUCGUCCUCAGAAGCUGAUUCUGAUUCCUGGAGUGACUGACAUCACACCAGAUACCACACAGGACGUUCAACACUAUGAGAAAAGGUUCAAAGACUAUCUGAUGCAUCAGGUGGACCUGGAGUCUGUCUAUGAACAUGUCCUUCCUGGUUCUGGCAGUCCAGAACUCACAACCCUGCAUUCUGAGGGUGGAGCUACCGUCGACUACAUCUUCUACUCUCCAAAACGCACCUCUACCAAAAAUCAAAUGGCUUGUAAAAAGAUAUCAGAGAAAGGUCUGAAGCUCCUUGGUUACCUCUCUCUCCUGUCUGAGGACCUCUUGUGGUCGAUGAACGGACUUCCCAACCACAUAUUCCCUUCCGAUCAUCUAAGUCUGGUCGCCCGUUUCCAGAUGGAACUUGAUAAUUAAUGAAAGACCAUGUUUUGUUUAUAAGUUUUAUAAAUGUUCUGUUCGCGAGUGUAGAAACACUGUCAU